AUGGUCCGCCCUAUUGGUAAGGUUAACAUUGUGAAGAAGCGCACCAAGUCCUUCGUCCGCGUCCAGUCGGACCGCUUCAUGCGUGUCGGCGAGUCGUGGCGUCGCCCCGUGGGUAUUGAUUCCCGCACCCGUCGUCGCUUCAAGGGUACCCGCCCUCAUCCCAAGAUCGGUUACGGCUCGAACCGGAAGACCCGUUUCCUCUUGCCCGACGGUUUCCGUAAGUUCACCGUCAAGAACAGCAAGGAUCUGGAGAGCCUCAUGAUGCUUAACCGCACCUACGCCGCCGAGAUUUCCAGCACCGUUGGUGCCAAGAAGCGUGUUGUCCUUAUUGAGCGUGCCAAGCAGCUUAACAUCAAGGUUGUCAACGCUGAUGCCCGCGUCCGCUCGGUUGAGAACUAA